AGUCUGGUCUGUCUAUGUUCAGUCUGUCAGGCUCAGAGAAUGAAUAUGAACGUAACAAAAUAAUGUAUUGUCAUUGUGUAUUGUAUGUGCAUGUGUGUGUGUGUGCAUGUCAAUAUAGUAACCGCACAGUCAUGUGAUGACAGCCAGCAAGGAGUUGUAGCAGAAGCAGGAAGAGAGGUGACAUGGCAGUGACUCCUGGACUUUGGGCUUACAUCUACAGCUCUGGUUUCGACUAUAUAUACAGCAUGGCACUGGCCUGAUAGACACACAGACAGACUGAAUACACAGAGAUACACCAGGAAAAAAACAGUGAGAAACGCAAAUAUGAAGGUGUUGGCGGUGCUUGCAAUUGCUAUACUCUCUGGUUGCCAUGCUAACCUAUUCUAUGCCGAUGAGCCCAAGCCACAGCUGGAGCAGCUGACAGAUGCCUUCUGGGACUAUGUUGCCAAGGCAACAAAAACUGCCGAUGACACCGUCCAGAUGAUCAGGAAGUCUCAGUUGGGACAGGAUGUCAAUGACCGCAUCACAGAGAGCGCUGACGUGGCCAGCCAAUACGCAGUCUCCCUUCAGGAGCAGCUUCCUCCUGCAGCCAAGGACCUGAUGACCAAGAUUACCCAGGAGGCUGAGGUGCUGAGAGAGCGUCUGGAGCAAGACCUGGGCAGUGUCAAGGGGAAACUGGAGCCCUACGCAGAGGAGAUGAAGACCCAAGUCCAGCAGAGAGUGGAGCAGCUGAAACAGGAUCUGGCUCCCUAUGCAGAGUCCCUGGACUCCGAGACCCUGAGGGCCACCCUGCUCCAGAAGAGUGAGGAGCUGAAGGGGAGUCUGGAGCAGAGUGUGAAGGAGCUGCAGUCCCAGCUGGGUCCCUACACGGAUGAGCUGAAGCAGAAAGUGGACCUGCGCCUGCAGGACUUCCAGAAGAGAGUGGCCCCCCUGGCCGAGAACCUCCAGAGCGAGCUGACCACCAGAGCUCAGAUGGUGCAGCAGAGCCUGGCCCCCUAUGCUGAGGACCUGAAGGACAAGCUGGACCCCUACGCCCAGGACCUGAAGGCCCAGCUCACCGCCCUCUACCAGGCCUUCACCAACACCAACUAAAUGGCCCAAACCUACACCACUUCUUGACCCUCUGAAACGUUUUGAGUGAUUCUGUCAUACCCUGAACUGCACUGUAAAACAUGGAAACUAAACUGGGCAUAUACCCAGAGCAUCAUAUUUAUUAUUAUUUAGUGCAGGGGGCGAAAAAUGUAAAACAAGCAUUCACACUCAAAUAUUUAUAUGUGUUUGUUUUACCUUGUUGAAUAAUGUCAACUUUUUAUAAUUUCAUAAUUUUUUAAAGACAAAUAAAGAUAUUGAAAUUAUGAACAUA